AUGACCAUGUGGAGUUCGGUUGCCGCUCUCCUGCUUCUGGGGCUGACGGCGACAGCCUCGGCCACGAGCGUGUCGUGCUACUGGGGCUCGUGGGCGACGUACCGCGCCGGCCCAGCCAACGUAGAGGUGGCCGACAUCGACACCACGCUCUGCACGCAGGUGGUCUACGCCUUCGCUGGCCUCGACGAGACGACCAACAGCAUCAAGUCGCUCGACCCCUACAACGACCUGGAGGAGAACUACGGCAAGGGCAACUACAAGAAAUUCACUGCGCUCGCCGACCAGGGCGUCGUGCCGCUGCUCGGCGUCGGCGGGUGGAACGAAGGCUCCGUCAAGUACUCCACGAUGGCGUCCACGGCAACGUCGCGCAGCGCGUUCGCGACGAACGCGGUCUCGUUCCUGCAGCAGUAUGGCUUCAAGGGCUUGCAGCUGGACUGGCAGUACCCGGGGCAGCGCGGCGGCAGCGCCGCGGACCGGGAGAACUUCGUACUACUGUGCCAGGAGCUGCACCAGCGCCUCGCCGACGCGGGGCUCUCCUUCGGCAUCGCAGUGGGCGCCCUCCACGGCAUGACCGAAACCUCCUACGACGUGCCCUCCCUCAUCCCAUACGUGGACUGGGUGAACCUGAUGUCUUACGACUACGCUACAGCGUCGACCGACAGGCUAACGGCCAAUAUGGCUCCCCUGUGGCCACGGCUCAACGUCACCAGCUACCUGAACGUGGACGCAACAGUGCAGGAGUGGAUCUCUGCGGGCGCUCCGGCGGCGAAGCUGCGCGUGGGCGCCCCGUUCUACGGGCGCACCUACACCCUGGCCAACCCCGACUCGCACGGCCUGGGUGCGCCGGUAGUCGGUGCGGGCGUCGCCGGCGCCUACACCCAGGAGGCGGGGCUCCUCGCUUACUUCGAGAUAUGCAUGGCGACCUGGACAGAAACAGUUAUUGAGGACGGCGAGGCCUAUGCCUACAGCGGCAACCAGUGGGUCAGCUUCAAGAAUCCCCAGACAAUGCAAACCUUGGGAGAGUAUGCUGUUCAGAAAGGCCUGGACGGGGCACAUAUUUGGUCCAUUGAAUCUGACGACAACCACAACACUUGUGGAGGUGGUGCGAAGCCUCUUCUUAACAGCCUAAACAAAGGAUUAGGUCUUCAGUGA